AUGCCUGGGGAUAUCUUUGUGCUGCGAAAUGCGGGCAACACCUGUACACACGCAGAAGGCAGCAUGGUGGGUAGCUUGGAAUUUAGCACCGGCAAGCUGGGUGCCCAAUUGAUUUUGGUUCUUGGCCAUACCAAAUGCGGUGCGAUUUAUGGAGCGACCAAUGCCUAUUUGGAGGCAAAGAAUAGUGAAGUUAGCAGUGUCAAUUCUGCCCUGGAGGGCCUUUUGCUGGACUUAGCUCCAGUUGCUGAGAAGGCUCUAGCGGACAUGGGUUCCAACAGUGACGCAGAGACGGUAGCUGCGCAUGCCGUGCGCGUGAAUGUUUUCCAUACCAUUGACUUCUUGUUGAAGUACAGCGCCCCAAUCCGGGAGAAAGUGAAGAAUGGACAGCUUGAGAUUCAAGGUGGAAUCUAUCACUUGGAUUCCGGCAACGUAGAGUUCAUGGGCCGUUCGCCUUCACAGGCAGAGCUCUUGUCCUCGAACGUGAGCAUUCCGCCCUCCAUGACUAGAGAAGGUGGCCGCACCUCUGGCUACGGCCCAGCCAUGCGCGGCACCCAUGGGGUCCGCACUGGAGCAGAUAGUGCCAUUGCAGCGGAGGAUGCCUUGAAGAUGCUGAAGGAUGGCAAUGAGCGCUUUGCCGUGGGUGCACCUUUGGCAAAACAUGCCACUUCAAAGAUGCGGGAAGCUUUGGUGAGCCAUGGGCAAGCGCCACACACUGCUGUUUUUGGCUGCGCGGAUUCCCGUGUUCCGGUUGACACGGUUUUUGAUGCCAUGCCAGGCGACUUGUUCGUGUUGAGGAAUGCAGGCAACACUUGUACGCACGCAGAAGGCAGCAUGGUUGGCAGCUUGGAAUUCUGUGCCGGAAAGCUGGGAUCGAAACUGAUUCUGGUGCUGGGACACACGCAAUGUGGUGCCAUUGCAGGAGCUACCAAGACAUAUCUGGGCAGUAAAGACGGUCCCACCUCAAAGAACGUGGGUUGUGCGCUGGAGGGUCUGCUCAUUGGUCUGUCUCGUGUGGCACAACAGGCCGAAGAUGAGCUCGGUGUUGGUGCUGAGCUGGACACGUUGGUUGCACACUCAGUGAAGGUGAAUGUGUUCCACAGCAUCGACUUCCUCUUGAAAUUUAGCGAGCCUUUGAGAGAGCUGGUGAAGAGUGGUAGCCUGGAAAUCCAGGGCGGCAUUUAUCACCUGGAGACGGGGCGUGUGGAGUUCCUCGGCCGUUCGCCCAGGCAGUCGGAAUUUCUGACCUCUGAUAGCAGCCUGCCGCCCUCCCUGCAGGCGUUGCCCAUCCGCACCACGGUGCAUGGCUGGAUGCCUCACCCAGAAGCCUUGAAGCUGUUGAAGGAAGGCAAUGAACGCUUUGCAGUGGGUGCUGCCAUUGCCGGCAGGAUCACUCCAGCCAUGAGGAAGGCCUUGGUCAAAGAGGGCCAGGCGCCUCACACUGCUAUCAUUGGCUGCGCCGACUCCCGAGCCCCCUUGGAGACGGUGUUUGAUGCCAUGCCGGGGGACAUCUUUGUGCUGCGCAAUGCGGGCAACACCUGCACCCACUCGGAGGGAAGCAUGGUGGGCAGCUUGGAGUUCUGCUUGGGUGCUCUCAACACCAAGAUGGUGAUGGUCCUGGGACACACGGCCUGUGGAGCCAUCAAGGGAGCCACCAAGACCUUCCUGCAGUCCAAGACGGUGAGGCAAGCCAAGGCAGCCAGGGCCCUUGAUGCUCUGCUGCAAGGUCUCAGCGUGGUGGCUUCCAAGUCGGCAGAGGAGUUGGGACCCACCGCCGCCGAGGAGCAGAUCGCCAGCCAUGCCGUGAAGCUGAAUGUUUUCCACACCAUUGACUUCUUGCUGGAGUUCAGCCCGAUGAUUCGGAAUAAGGUCUCAAGUGGAGAAGUGGAGAUCCAGGGUGGCAUCUACGACCUGGAGACAGGGCGGGUGGAAUUUCUGGGCAGAAGCCCAGCACAAGCAACUUGGAUGGCUGAUCUGCAGCGCUGGUGCGGCGAUCAGAUUUCACCAUGCCGCCCUCCUUGUCGGAAUGAGGUCUCCACCAUGGGGCGUAUCGCGAGAACGAGCUCCUGGGAACUGGCCCUGGAAUUGGCGAUGGUCUUAGCAAUGGGUGAAGCCGCGUCCAUUGAUGGUGUUGGAGGAGUUGCUGUCUUCCUGGCCGAGGACAUGCCAAUGCACAUCCGCAAGCUCCAUAAUCAGGCAGCAUACAAGCGCCAACAGAUUUGGGACAUCUGGGAGACUUUCUGUGAGGCGUGGCAGCUGGAAAGCUUACACAGCAAGCCAAUGAAGCAGCUGAGAUUCCAUCGCAACUCCGAUAGCGUUUUGGCUCGAAUCGCCUCAGCAACAACUAGCAACUCUGAUUACGCCAUGUCCUCCCAACGCCCGAUCGAUGCCGCGGGGAAAGCCUCUGCCAUGAUGGAACUGCCCUUUGGUCACCCUCUGGCCCGGGAUGGCGCAGGUGUAGAUGGCCGAGUGCGAACCAGCGGUGAUCCCCCUGUGCCUCCAGAGCUGGCCCUGAAGUUCUUGAAGGAAGGCAACCAACGCUUUGUUGAUGGAAAGCCACAGUCAACCAAGGUGGAUUCCAUCAUGAGAAAGGAGUUGGACAGGGAAGGACAAGCGCCCCACACUGCCAUCAUUGGAUGUGCUGAUUCCCGAUGUCCCUUGGAGACACUCUUUGACACCUUGCCCGGGGACAUCUUUGUGCUGCGCAAUGCCGGCAACACCUGUACACACGCAGAAGGCAGCAUGGUUGGUAGCUUGGAAUUCUGUACUGGCAAGUUGGGAUCUCGCCUGAUCAUGGUCUUGGGCCACACCAAGUGCGGUGCUGUCUAUGGUGCCACAAAUGCCUACAUUGCGGCCAAGAGGCAAGAGGCCCCUGUCACUUCAGCACUUGAAGGCCUCUUGUUCGAUUUGGCUCCAGUUGCAGACAAGGCUUUGCAAGACAGCGUUGAGGCAGUUGCUGCCCAUGCUGUCCGCGUGAACGUCUUCCACACUGUCGAUUUUUUGCUGAAGCACAGUGCCCCUAUCCGUGAGAAGGUUCGCAGUGGGCAGGUUGAGAUCCAAGGUGGACUUUACCACUUGGACACUGGCAAAGUGGAGUUCAUGGGCCGGUCACCAAAGCAGGAAGAGAUCCUGAAAUCCAUCGACGCCUUGACACUUCCUCCAUCCAUGACUCGCGAGGGUGGCCGCACUUUGGGCUAUGGUCCUGCGGCACGAGGCACGUACGGAGUGCGUACCACAGCCGAUGCUCCAGUCUCUGCUGAGGAUGCCUUGAAGAUGUUGAAGGCCGGCAACGAGCGCUUUGCCGUGGGGGCUCCUUUGGCCAAGCAUGCUACUUUGAAGAUGCGUGAAGCUCUGGUCAGCCAUGGGCAGGCGCCACACACGGCCAUCCUCGGCUGUGCAGAUUCUCGAGUGCCAGUUGACACUGUCUUCGAUGCUAUGCCAGGCGACCUGUUCGUGUUGAGGAAUGCAGGCAACACCUGUACGCACGCAGAAGGCAGCAUGGUUGGCAGCUUGGAAUUCUGUGCCGGAAAGCUGGGCUCCAAGCUGAUCAUGGUGAUGGGGCACACGCAGUGCGGUGCCAUUGCAGGAGCCACCAAGACCUACUUGGCCAACAAGGAAGGCAAGGGCUCCAAGAGUGCAGGCAGCGCACUGGAGGGACUCUUGAUUGGUUUGUCAGAUGUGGCAGAGCAGGCCAACCAGGAGCUUGGCCCUGGCGUGGAAGAAAGCAAGCUCAUCAGCCACACAGUGCGGGUGAACGUCUUCCGUUCCAUUGAGUUCUUGUUGACCUACAGCGAGCCUCUCAGGGCGCUAGUGAAGAGUGGAAACUUGGAGAUCCAGGGCGGCAUCUACCACCUUGAAACUGGCCGUGUGGAGUUCUUGGGUCAUGCCCCAACUCAGGCCGAGGUGCUGGCGUCGGACUUCACGUUGCCACCUUCGGUCAAGGGACUGCCGGUGCGCACCACCACCGAUGGUCCCAUGCCGUCCGUAGAAGCCCUGCAGAUCUUGAAGGAUGGCAACAAACGCUUUGUCACUGGUGAGACCUUGGCUGGCAACGUCACCAAUGGCAUGAGGAAGGCAUUGGUGAAGGAAGGACAAGCACCGUUGGCCGCCAUUGUUGGCUGCGCCGACUCCCGAGCUCCGCUGGAGACGGUGUUUGAUGCCAUGCCUGGCGACAUCUUCGUCCUGCGCAAUGCGGGCAACACCUGCACCCACGCUGAGGGCAGCGUCGUGGGCAGCUUGGAGUUCUGCAUUGGGGCACUUGGCACCAAGAUGGUCAUGGUCUUGGGGCACACAGCUUGCGGAGCGAUCAAGGGCGCCACGGCCACACACUUGCAGUUGAAGGCUGGCAACAAGCCCAAGGUCACCAAGGCCUUGGAUGCCUUGCUGCAGGGUCUCAGUGUGGUGGCUUCGAAGGCGGCUGAUGAGUUGGGACCCAAUGCCACCGAGGAGCAGAUUGUGAACCACACCAUCAAACUGAAUGUCUUCCAUUCCAUCGAGUUUCUGUUGCAGUACAGCCCUCUCAUCAGGGAGAAGGUGGCAGCGGGUGAAGUGGAGAUCCAGGGUGGCGUUUACGACUUGGAGAGCGGUGAGGUGGAGUUCUUGGGUCGAUGCCCAACCCAGGACACCCUGCUGAAGUCUGGCGCUCGGGCACAAUGCUGCAAGAAAUGCGACUUUCACUCGGAGUGGACGCGACCAGCAGCAGCUCCUCUACGCUCAUUGACGCCUGAGGCUGCGGGAAAGAAGCGAGAGGACAAGGCCAUUGCCUGGUACAACUUAGCCUGUGUGGCUGGUUUGGCUGGGCGACCAGAUGCUGCGGCCCGUGCGCUGAAGAUGUCUUUGGAGGCUCUCCCACCAUCCGAAAAGGCGCUUCUUCGACCCGCAGCAGCUGCUUCUACUGCAGGCCUACGGUUGGGACGCUAUGCAUCCUGA